AUGAUCAGCGCGGUCAGCUCUCCAGUUACCAGCACCAUUACGACGGCGAGCAACUCUUCCUCAUCCACGACGAAAAGCAACAAUGACUCCAGCGAGCCGCGACAUAGUAUUCUCGUCAAUGGCCUUCCUCCUCCCUCGCCAUCACUGCCACUUCCGUUCAAUCUUACAGACAGGGGUCUGCUCAACAGCGAAUGUCAUGUCCACAACGAAUGGGUCGGGUCUCGCAGCAAGAAACGUUUUGCCGUUAUCGAUCCAGGCACCGGCCGGGUAUGGUCGACAUGCCCGGACUGUACGAGAGAUGAUGUUAGCCCGACCGUCAAAUCCGCCCACGCCGCGUUCUUGGGCUUCUCGGAGGACACUUCGUCUCGCGAACGGGCUCGCCUUUUGACGGCCUGGAGUCAACUCAUUCUCGCUGCUCGCAUCGACUUAGCUACCAUCCUCGUCCACGAGACAGGAAAACCGCUUCAUGAGGCCCUGGCAGAAGUCGACUAUGGGGCUGGUUUGGUGAGAUGGUUUGCCAGUGAAGCUGAGCGCUUUCAGCAGACUGUCGUUCCAGUUCCUUCGUUUCCGACUUCUCCUCUCUCACCCCGCUCUCCAUUCUCACCUCGCUCUCCAUGCACACCAGCCGCGGCCGUUGGCACCCCUACCUCAAGCACAUUCAAAAGCACAUUCAAAGGGAGACAACCGGCAAUACUGAAGCAGCCGGUCGGCGUCGUUCUUGCCCUUGUGCCUUGGAGUUUCCCACUUGCAUUAACUCUCCGCAAAUCCGCCGCGGCCCUCGCAGCAGGAUGCACCGUCAUCGUCAAGCCGUCGUCCGAGACUCCUUUUUCCGCCUUGGCUCUUGCAUGUCUCGCCAAUCGCGCGGGAUUUCCAGCUGGCGCACUCAACGUCAUAACAACAAGCCUAGGAAACACGCCCGUCGUCGCCGAAGCACUAUGUAUGCACCCUCUGGUCAAAGCAGUCAGCUUCACGGGAAGCCCCCGUGUAGGAAAGAAGGUCGCGGCGACGUGCACGCGAAACUUGAAGCGUCUAUCUCUCGACCUCGGUGGAAACUGUCCCUUCAUCGUCUUCGAAGACGCAGACUUGGAGACCACCGCAAAAGAACUUACGGCGCUGAAGUGGCGGCACGCGGGACAGGCUUGCAUCGCGCCGAACCGAUGCUAUGUGCAACGGAGAGCAUACGAGACAUUCUCUAAACUGUUGGUAAAGGAGGCAGAGAAGCUACAAACCGGACAUGGAAUGGCUCGAGAUACGACACUAGGCCCGUUGACCACAAUCCGAGGGCUGUAUAAGGCCGAGGCGCUGUGUAAAGAUGCCGUGGAAAAGGGGGCUGUCAAGCUGCUGGGUACAGGCCGGAGGGAGCUCAGUGACGGGUACUACAUGUCGGCAACUAUAUUGGGCAACAUGACGGAUACGAUGUUGAUGUGUCGAGAGGAGAUUUUCGCGCCGAUACUCGGGUUAUACGUGUUCGAUACCGAGGACGAGGUCGUCAAGAGGGCAAACGAUACGCCAGUCGGAUUGGCCGGGUACGUCUUUACUAAAAGCUCUGAUCGGCUUGGGAGGAUGUUUGAGCGUUUGGACGCCGGCGUUCUCGGAAUGAACACGGUAUCUUUGGUGACAGAUGCACCUAUACCUGCUGGAAACUACGGAAACGGGUUCGCAGCUGGAUCCACAACCCCCACGACGCUUGAGGAGUUCCUCGUCACCAAGUCAGGCGCCAUGAUGGUUCGUCAAUAG